AGGAAGUGUAUCUCUUGCAGACUCGCCUCCAAAAGAUGCCGUACAAGCAUAUUGCCGCACACUUGAAAAAGACCGAGCUGGCUUGCCGCCUUCAUUACCACCAGCUGAGCCAUGGAAGUAACCGCCGCAAGCGCACCGCAUCAGUCUCUUCGGGUUCCUCGUCCGAACAGUCCCCGGUGCUACCGGCUAUUAACCCUUCCAUCCAGGAUUCCUCAUCUCGAGAUAUCACCCCUCCUGGAAGUGCAGGUAGCCAUGAGCCCACCUCACCUGACUAUUCGAACUCAAUCCAGCUGCCCAGAAUCAUGUCAAGCAACAACGUCUCGCCACGUCUUCCAGCUAUCCUACCAAAGCCGGCCUCGAUGACGCUCUCCACGGGCAUGACCUCGCCAGCCUUGAGUUUCCCGACACCUCUGCCCGAUAGUGCCCGAUCCUUGGGUCCGUCUCCGUUUCCGCAACCGUCACCUCUGGGACAGGUACCAAGCCUUCGACUCGACUGCACUCUACCUCCGCCAUCGGCCCAUGUCGACAUCCCUCGGCUCCAAGCCAUCUAUGCCGCUCACCGGUCGUCGUUCUGGGGUGCCAUCGCAAGCGACUACGGCUCCGGUGUAAGCCCCAUUGUCUUGGAACAAGCCUGGAAAGCGAACAUGUUCUCGGGCGGAACCCAGACGCCAAUCACGCCGGCCCCGAGCCCCAACGACCGCGACAGCAUGUACGACAGGACACGCAUCAGCGCCAUUCUCGGCACCGACAGCCACCCUCGGAGUCCGAAGGAGAAGGCGGUCACGCGGCGGUUGGGAGAGGAACGCAGCAGCGCCGGUGUAGCACCCGCAGGCAUGCCGUCAGUCUGAACCCGCAUCGAGUCCACUGUUGGUUAAAUAGAGUGGCAACAGAGGUUAGGCGACACUUUAACUCACUUUUCCCAUUCU